AUGUCUGCCGGCGACGGAACGUCAACCCCUGGGGUUGGUGGCAGCAAUGCCAGCGAAUUUGUCCGCAAGCUCUACCGAAUGCUCGAGGACCCGGCGCAUCAAGAUGUUGCUAGAUGGGGCAAAGAUGGUGACACCUUCGUCGUUGUCGAGAACGAAAAAUUUACUCGUUCCAUCCUUCCUAAGCACUUUAAGCACAGCAAUAUGGCCAGUUUCGUCCGACAACUGAAUAAGUAUGAUUUUCACAAAGUGCGACAAACAAAUGAUAGCGGCUCUUCGGCCAACGGCGCCAACACUCUCGAAUUCAAGCAUCCCAAUUUCAGAGUGGGCAGUAAAGAUGAUCUUGAUAACAUUCGUCGAAAGGCUCCCGCCCCUAGGAGAACACAGGCCACAGAGGAUUUCACUACCAGCCAUCACAUCAGUGUCAUGACCGAACAGCUCACUGCCACACAGCAGCAAGUGCAACAGCUCCAGGAAUUGUUCACCGAAGUUUCCCAGACAAACCGACUUCUCGUCAACGAAGUCCUGACGCUGCAAAAGAUGCUCAAUGCGCAGAAGCAAUCCCAGCACGAAAUGCUCAACUACCUGGCACCUUCCAGCAACCGUCAUCAGCAGAGUAUGCACCUCAACGUCGGCACAUCUCCUCUAGACGGUAGUGAUGACUCGGCACCUGAAUUGAGACGGGCUCGCGAGCUUCUGUCUAGCGUGACACCUGAUCAGAUUGCCGACCGGGAGUUGGAACGUCUUCAGGGUGUGUAUGGGUCUCCAGCCGAUUCUGCUGUCGUCAUCCCACAAGCCUCGAUGCCCAUGAUGCAUGAUCCGAUGAACGACAUCAAUCGCUAUCCCGUUUACCCAGUGGGCCAGACUGUUGGUAUUGAUCCUUUCCACUCGGACCACAUCCACAAGAUUCCUUAUGCGAUGCCAAACGAUUCGAGCGCCAAUGCCAUGCAGGAAGUGCCUGCCCCUCAACCCAUCAACAUCCAGACCCACGCAAACUCCAAUUCGUCGACUAACUCGGCUCUCACCUGGGCAUCGCGGAAGCCCAGAAUCUUCCUUGUGGAAGAUGACCCGACCUGUGCUAAAAUUGGUAUCAAGUUCCUUAAGUCGAUGGGAUGUGAGGUUGAGCAUGCUCAAAACGGAGCGGAUGCUUAUAGCCGUAUCACAAGUGUUGCCCGUGAUCACUUUGACAUGAUCUUUAUGGACAUCAUCAUGCCUAAGCUGGACGGUGUCUCGACCACCAUGUACAUCCGACAAGACUGUCCUGCCAUCCCCAUCGUCGCUAUGACAUCUAAUAUCCGAUCCGACGAGGUUCACUGUUAUUUCGAACAUGGAAUGAACGGUGUCCUGGCUAAGCCUUUCACCAAGAGCGGAAUGCAGAAGAUUGUCGAGAAUCACUUGAGCUAUCUUCUUAAGGGCUACGAUCCUUCGACUCAGCAAGAGUCCGGCUCAGGAUAUGUAGUUGGCGGCGCAGGUUACAUGAACCCUCCCAGCAACUUGAACACACCAGGUGGAACAGCUUUCAAGUUCGAGACAACACCUACACCUCCAGCAACUGGUGCGACUUGGUCCCCAGGUCAGAUGCCCCAGCAAUCUCCCCUGAAUACGGGAAUGGAUCAAGGGUAUGGCAUGGUUAACGGCGCGAACCAAUACGGCUUGACACCCACGAGUGCGAGCAGAGCCAGCUUCCCUGGAAACAUUUCACAAAGUAAUCAAGGACGCAUGGAUGGCCAAAGUCCUCCCGAAAAGAGACAGCGCACUUAUGUCUGA